UAUACAUACAUAUUUAAUUGUUUUGUUUUAAGUAUAACUAAUGUAUAAUAAUAUGAACCACUUAAGUUGGUCUAAUGCUAAUAUAGCUGUUUUAAUGACUGUCUCAACUAAAUCAACCAACAUAUAGUCAUAUUUUGAAUAUACAAAUAUGAAAACUUUUUUAAAAGUAGCCUUCUGGAAGUAAAAUAACAAUUUAUCCUUAAAAAACACUUCUUGGGGUUCAUAUUGUGUACUUAUUUGAAUGUCACAAUAUGUCAGUGCCUAUUUUAGAUCACGUUCCCUGGAAACUUCUUCAAGUGGCCGACAAUCAAAACAUCAUCACUGAUGAAUAAAGAAGGUCUGAUCCUUAACAACAUUAACGCAACACCUGGUAGGUCUGACAUCAUUGGUAUCAUUGGUAGGACUGGUGCUGGUAAGACAACUCUAUUAUCUGUGCUACAAAACACUGUCAGAAAUAGAACAGGUCAAGUCCUGCUUGAUGGCAGAGAUUUACAAGACAUUCCCAAGAGUGUCCUGAGACAUAUUGUUGGCGUUCUUCCCCAGUUACCUUUUGUUUUCAAGGGUUGGACCAUUAGAAGGUUCUUGGAUCCAAGGAGACUAUUCACUGAUGAACAAAUUAAUGAAGCAUUGAAUAACUGUGGGCUCCUGGAUUUUGUAAAUAACCUUCAUGGUGGAAGAAAACUAGAUACAAUAAUUACACCCAAACCCCUAAGUUUAAAAACCAGGUCUGGCGAUCAGUCUAAUAUGGAAUCAGCCGAUGUAGACAAGCCACUAACUGAAGAUUCUCUUAAAUCAGAUGAUAUUAUGUUAUCUAUAAGCCAGCUUAGAACAUUAUGGUUCGCCAAGCUGAUGCUAUACAGGCAUAUCUACAGAAUGUUAAUCAUUGAUGAGCCGCCAUCUGAUAACAUUUCUGAGGAUGGUUCUGAAGUUCAAGAUAUGGGCGUACCAAUUUACGAACUACUGGACAAAUACUUCAAACACUGUACAUGUUUUGUGACAGCGCACUAUUCAACAGUUCUCAAAUCUUGCACAUCAGUUUGGGUAAUGCAUCACGGCAGACUCAUCAAGACUUUCCGUGCAUCUGAAGUAUUCAAAAACGAAUCAAUUUCAAAUGUAAUCGAAGAGAUUGUUACCAAAUACUCAAACUAA